UAUUGCAAGAUGGCGUCCGAGAAACCCGGGAGCUUUCAACAAGGGAGUCCAGAUCCAGAAGAUCUGCAAGAAUUCGGUUCCAGCUUACUUAGUAUGGAAAAUAUAGAUAGGACUUCUCCUGAAUUAUGGCCGGAAAAAAUUCCAGGUGUGACAGAAUUCAUCAAUAGUUUUCAGUCAACACCAAACAGCACUACCAAAUUGCCAUAUUCCAAAGAACUAAAUCAUCAAGAUGAGGACUAUUUACAUCAAUUAGCUGCACUUUCAACAUCGGGUCUUAUAGGAAAAGUGAAAGAAUUACAUGAUAUAGCUUAUCAGUUGGGUAUGGAGGAAGCCAAGGAGGUUACUAGGGGAAAAUAUCUAAAUUUAUUCAAUAGGGGUAAAAAGGAAAAGUGAUAUUUCAUAAUAGUUUUUAAUGGGCUGUGUUUAUCAAUAGGUUCAAUAAGUGGUAAUGUCAGUAUGGGAUAAUUCACUAAUAAAUAAUUUUUUGUUAAAUUUUUCGUCAUAAAUUCGUUUUUUAUCAAAAAUAUAAGAUCCAACUGACAUUUGUGCUUUUUGAACUUUCAAUUCAUUAUUAAAUAUGAGCUGUUAGAAUACAUAAUUUUUGUACAAAUGUCGAAAUAUACUAAAUAAAUUUUAA